CUUUGGUCUACAGGGCAUGUUAGCAUAACACCUGUGACUCUGCAGAUUUAGAUACAAACACAUUUUCCCAAUGUGUGAGUCCAGAAAAGCAGCAUGUGUAGGACUAAAGUUAAGUUUGAGUUGUUUUGGUCAUCGUCUUUUUAUCUUAUACUUUCUAUCUCGUCUUGACUGGAAGUGGGAGGUUCAGUGCAGGACAGCAGCAGUGACCUUGAACUUGUAUUAUUUGACUCCGUUCAUCCUCAUUUUUAGCUCAGUUUGUGUAACGUGCAUGUUGUGAGCUUUUCAUCAGUCGAAAGUAUCCCCAAUGGCUCUCCAUAUACCAGGUCUGAUAAUGAUGGUCGUCUUCUACAUACUUGUGUUGGGAAUUGGCAUCUGGGCGUCCGUGAAAUCUAAAAAGAUGGAGAAAAACACGCUUAAUGGACAGAUAGAAGUUUCUUUUUUGGCUAACAGGAGAGUCAGCUUGGCUGUGGGAGUCUUCACAAUGACUGCCACGUGGGUCGGAGGUGCCUUCAUCAUUGGAGUUGCAGAGUUUGUUUAUGACCCCACAAAGGGCCUGAUCUGGGCUCUUCUUCCACUACAAAUGUCAGUUUCCUUUGUUAUUGGUGGACUUUUCUUUGCAAAGCCAAUGAGGGACAAAAACUACACAACUAUGAUGGAUCCAUUUCAGAGGAAGUAUGGGAAAACACUGACUGGCCUUCUCGCUGUUGUUCCGUUCAUCAGUGAAGUCAUGUGGGUUCCUGUCACGCUGAUUUCUUUGGGAAUCACUGUGAGCAUCUUUUCCGAUCUGCCCUUAAGUCUUUGCAUCUGGAUCUCUGCUGCUGUGGCGAUCAUCUACACUGUGCUUGGAGGUCUCUAUUCAGUUGCUUACACUGAUGUUGUGCAGCUAUUAUUGGUGUUUUGUAGCUUGUGGCUCUGUGCUCCCUUCGUUCUGGCAAGUGAUGUUUAUACUGACAUCACUCAAACAGCAGUCAACCACACAUAUCAGGCUCCCUGGCUUGGCCACAUCGAGUCUCAUGAAGCUUGGACGUGGGUUGAUAAUUUCCUAGUAAUGACUCUUGGAAAUUUGGCGUUUCAAGACUUUCAUCAAAGGACUCUCUCCUCCAACUCCACAUCUACAGCCAGACUGAUCUGUUUCAUAGCAGCAGGUGUGGUCAUUGUUCUUGGGAUCCCACCUAUACUGAUUGGUGCCGUCGCAGCUUCAACAGAUUGGAAUAUGACCACAUACGGGUCACCUUCUCCGUAUGAGCAAGGAGAGGCGGCCAUGGUGUUGCCCAUCGUCCUUCUCCAUUUUACCCCAACUGCUGUUUUUGUAAUUGGCAUGGGAGCUAUUGCCGGCGCUGCAAUGUCGUCGACUGACUCUUGCCUGUUGGCAGCAACUUCCAUCUUUACCACCAGCAUCUACAAAGCCAUCAGACAUCAGGCAUCAGAUAGAGAGCUGCAGUGGGUGAUUCGCUUCUCCAUAGUGAUUUUAGGGAUUGUGGGAACUUCUCUCACCUAUCUGGAUGACAACAUAAUGACAUUCUGGAUCCUGAGCUCAGACUUGACUUACACCAUAAUGCUCCCCCAACUGAUCUGCGUCCUCUUCAUCAGGGUUUCCAACAGCUAUGGUGCUGUCGCAGGCUUCAUUGUUGCUUUUGUCAUGAGAGUUUUGUGUGGAGAGCCGGUCUUCAAUCUUCCUGUCAUCCUACAUUUCCCAGGUUGCACUUUAGAGGACGGUGUUUACGUUCAGCGCUCGCCUUUCAAGACCAUUUGCAUGCUGUCUGCUCUGGUCUCCAUUCCCAUGUUUUCAUAUGUGGCUUCACUCUUGUUUAACCACGGGAUUGUUCCUGAGAGGUGGGACGUGUUCAAGGUCAAACCACAAGGAGCACCAACACCAGAAGAUGACGCCAGAGACUGUGAUGAGCCAAUGCUCGAUACACGCUGCUAAUUCAAACUAAUUCAAACUUAGUUUCUUAGUCAUUGAUGUGAUGAUGUUUCUAUUGUUAGACACUUUAGAGUAAAAUUGAAAAGGUCAACGAAACAGAAGAACUUGAGGGAAAGAUUCAAUGUUUGUUACUACAUUUCCCUCUCUUCAGCAAUGUGUGUGAUUAUUAAUAAAGUCUAUGCAUGCA